AUGGCCACACCCAACCUUGCCUCUAUGUCCUUAUCCGACCUCGCUCAGGCUCUUGAGCCCAUCACCGUUCCGGCCAAGCAAGCUGUCUUCGAGAACUGGGCCGGUACCUUCCGCUGUUCUCCUUUAUCCAUCUUCGAACCGGCAUCUGAACGCGAUCUGGAGCUUAUAUUUGAGCUCGCAAGGCGCGAAGGCCGUACUGUUCGUGCUGUAGGCGUCGGACAUAGCCCAAGCGAUCUUGCGUGCACCUCGGGAUACAUGGUGCGGAUGAGUCGCAUGGACUCCAUUGUUGAGGUCAACACGGAGAAGCGCUACGUCGUCGCACAGGGCGGCAUCAUCCUUCAGCGCCUGCAUGCAGUUCUCGAUGCGCAUGGCCUGGCUAUGAUCAACCUCGGAUCCAUCUCUGACCAAACCCUCGCUGGUAUGGUCACAACUGCUACCCACGGCACCGGCUACGACCAGCCUGUCCUUUCCACGCAUGUCCUUUCGGUUCGCCUCAUGUUACCCGAUGGGUCGCGCGUUGCUUGCUCUCGGACGGAGCAAGCUGAUCUAUUCUAUGCGACUCUGUGUGGUCUCGGCGCGACUGGUAUCCUCCUCGAUGUCAAGAUGCAGGUUGUCCCGCGGUUCCGACUUCGUGAAAUGCAGGACACGCGCUCGUUCGACACCGUCGUUGACGACUUCGACGGUAUAAUGCGCUCAUCGGAGUUCGUCCGGCUUUGGUGGUUCCCGCAGGACCGUGCCAUACGCGUGAGCGCCAUGGAACACUCGUCCGAGCCGAAGCAACCUCUUCAGAGCUGGCUGUGGAACUCGCUCGUGGGAUACCAUGUGCUGCAGCUUCUCCUAUUCAUCGGUAUCUUCAUACCUUCGUUCAACCUCCCCGUCGGCCGCUUCACAUCAUGGCUCAUCCGCAAGCCCACGGUAGCAGUCGAUGAUUCACUCAAUGUAUUCAACAUCGAUUGCAAGUACCGCCAACAUACAACGGAGUGGGCCAUCCCGUAUGAGAACUCUCAAGUCUGUCUUCGCGAGCUGCGGGAUUGGUUCGAGCAAGAGUUCGCCGACCCCCAUGGACUUCGUCCACAUUGCGCGCUCGAGGUCCGCGUCUCUGCCGCUGACGACAUCUGGCUAUCGCCUUCUUUCGGUCAACGGAUGUGCUGGAUCGGGAUCAUGCAAUACAAGCCGUAUGGCUUCAAUGUCCCGUACCGCACGCUGUUCCGCAAGUUCGAGGACAUCGUCGCACGGCACGGCGGCCGACCGCACUGGGCAAAAGCACACCACCUACGCCCGGCCGAUCUCCGGACCAUGUACCCCCGCUUUGAUGACUUCAGCGCCGUCCUGCAUCGCAUCGAUCCUAGCGGCGUGAUGCGUAACGAGUACGUUGCACGGCACAUUUUGGGCGAGAACAUCGGGCAGCGUGUCUUCAAGCCUCGUCCGUGA